UGACCACUUUCCGGAAGCUGUAAUUCACCUUCCAACAGAUGCAGAGCUGCUGAUACUUUGUGAUGAGCUCCAGGACGGUCCCAGGCGUAGACGGUGAGCAGCUCCAGAGCGUAUUUGGGGGGCAGAGAACCCUCUGACUUCAUUCUCUGUUCACACUGAGGAAAGAGUGGGGACAUCAGAUGGCCUCAGUAAGGGUGGUGAGAGAGGAAGAAGUGAUCCUGCGCUUGGUGUCAUCAUGACAGACUCAGAAUCGACCUCAUGUGCGAGGCAGCCCCAGACCACCUGAGCUUGGGCCGAUUUCCGGGAGACAGCGCCGGCUCUGCCCACUGAGAGCUCGUAGGGGGCGGGACAUCCGGUCACCUGACCCCCGUCCACCCUUUAGAACCGGUAGGUUUGGAUUCCUGCGGAGUUCUUGGGCCAGGAUGAGGGCAGAAUAAGCCACAGACAGCAGCUUUGAUGGUAGCGGGUAGCGAACGCCUGACCCAAAUAAAUGGGGCUGGCGCUGGGAACUGUACAAAGUAGAUCUACAGGGUUGAAAGUCUGCUGGAUUGUGGCGAGCGCUUCCUGGGAGGUGCGGUAACCCGAGGGCCGCACCUGUGUAUACCAGUAUUUCACCAGGCGAAUCAAAUCCUUCAGCUUGGUGGGCCGGGAGAGAAUGAAGUAGCACUGGAGCUCCGUAAAACAGGAAGAAGACGAUGGUGCCGUCCGAGUUGCCUCUCAAGACUGUCUUCCUGCCAUAGGAGCCACCCUACCGGCAACAGAGGGGCAGAUGGGGGACUUGACUCUUUCCGCUCACAGGGGACUCCAGAAGGGUCCCGCCCAGGGCUCAGCAGCGCGUUGUUGCUCAGCCUGCCCGGGCCUCCCAGCCCUGGACUCACCGUGGCCACCCCCAGCACGUGGGGGAAGCUGUCCACCCACAGGAAGAUGCAGAGGCAUCCACCGCUAUCUGGGUCAGCCUCUCACAGUCCUCGUAGGGCCUCAGCUGCUCUUCGAUAAACUCGUCCAGCUGCUGAGCGGGGACGGAGGACACGUGGGACCCUCAGUUCUCCAUGUCCCUGUCCAGGCCGGGUCGCUGGCUGGUGGCUGCGCUUGGGAACCGUCCCUCAAGUUCCGGACAACUGCUCUGUCCGUCCAAGGCUGCAGUUUCCCACUUCUGUCUCCAGAGCCCAGGAAAGGCAGAGUUCAGCGGCCUCUGCUCCGCCUACAGGAGGGAUCCUCCGAGGAAACUGAAACCCAAUUCAAGGAUCUGCUGCCCCGCCGCCCACAGCCACCUGACUGCCCCAGCCCUGACCCUGACCCUGACCCAGAUGAGAGCCGAGGGCCCAGCGCCGGGUCCGGACCCUUUCUCUGCUCUGCCACCCCGGGGACACAGAGUCGUACCAGUGCUUGACCAGCGGGGCCGAGCUCAGAAAGCGAGUAUAUUUCGACCCAGGGAAGUUUCUACCCCUGCACUGUCUUUAGCAAACCCAGAACUGAAGAGAUACUCAGAUUUGUGUGUACUUGGUUCAGCACCUUUCCCUUGGUGGCUGGAGAAGAGACAGGCACGGAGUAAGGAAGACCGGUCCGUGGCAGGCCAAGGAGGAGGACCCUUGGAGCCUGUCAUCUCCCUGGCCCCAGUGACUGGCUGUGACCCAAGCCACAAUCCUGACUUCUUUUUGGAGUUUAGGAAAAGUCCGGUUUCUGGAUGCUUAGGACCACCUAUGGGAAGGGCCUGUCUAAGACACAAAUAAAU